AUGUCAUUAUCAUCCAAGGUAAGACCAACUCCUCGCAAACCUACACGUAUGGCCGGCGAUCAUUCUUUCAAGAUGAAAAACUUCUAUGCUGAUCCAUUUGCUAUAUCGUCAAUUUCUUUGGCCAUCGUGUCGUGGGUCAUCGCGAUUGCAGGCUCCAUCUCGUCUGCAUCCUCCAGCGAAUCUUUCCCACGUUUCACUUGGUGGGGUAUAGUAUAUCAAUUUUUGAUUAUUUGUUCCUUGGUCCUGUUCUACUGUUUUGAUUUAAUCGAUCACUACAGGAUCUUCCUCACCACGUCUAUUGCAGUGGCUUUUGUGUAUAAUACAAACAGCGCGACGAAUUUAGUGUAUGCGGAUGGCUCCAAUAAAGCUGCUGCUUCCGCUGGUGUCAUCUUACUUUCGAUCAUAAACCUAAUCUGGAUUCUGUACUAUGGUGGCGAUAAUGCUUCGCCAACGAACAGAUGGAUUGAUUCGUUUGCCGUCAAAGGCAUCAGACCCUCACCAUUAGAGAAUUCCCUUCAUAGAGCUCGUCGGAGAGGGAACAGAAAUACAACGCCUUACCAAAAUAAUGUCUAUAAUGAUAAUAUGCGAGAUUCAGGCUACGCGACCCAAUAUGACGGAUAUACACAGCAGCAGGCACACUCAAAUUACGUAUCGUCGACAGCAUUGGCUGGCUUUGAGAAUACUCAGCCGAAUACAUCAGAUGCCGUGAACGUUCAUCUAAACACUUUGCAACAACGCAUAAAUAGUGCUGGCAACGCUAAAGACGCCAACAACAACAACAACAACAACAACAACAACAAUCAAACUGCAAAUACUAAUAUCGGCAACACCUUCGAUACAGAUUUUUCUAACGGAAACACAGAAACUACAAUGGGGGACACUUUGGGUCUGUAUAGCGAUAUUGGGGAUGACAAUUUUACAUACAAGGCAAAAGCAUUGUAUCCAUACGAUGCAGAUGAUGAUGAUGCUUACGAAAUUUCAUUUGAACAAAACGAAAUUCUACAGGUUUCUGACAUUGAAGGUAGGUGGUGGAAGGCAAGAAAAGCAAACGGUGAAACAGGCAUUAUUCCAAGCAAUUAUGUCCAAUUAAUUGACAGCCCAGAAGAAACACAUCAUUGA